UUAGGGGUGUCCAGGCAAUUCGUUCCAUACUUCCAUCCGUUAGGGAAUUACGGUGCAGCAGAGACACGAUCAGAGGGCAAUGCAGUUUUGACGACCAGCAUACGAGGACGACGACCUCUUCGCCUCUUUUAGCUUCGUCUCUCUUCCGCCUCCGCCGCCCCGCUCUCUCUCGCGCACCUUUCUUUCUUCCUUUCUCUGUGCGUUCGUUUCUUUCUUCGCGUGCUCUCUGCUGCGCGCAAGAAUCAAAAGGCGCCACUAGCGAGCGUCGCGUCUUAAGGGAGCGGGGGCAAAUUAAAGCGAGGCGGUCGGGCGAGCAGUCUUCGCGGCAAUCUUUGCGAAUCCUCGAGAGAUUCUGUUCCCUCCUUGUUGCUUUUUCUGCGUAGGGGGAGCACAAGAAUUUGUUGACCGGGAGGGGGUUUGGCUAGGGUAGGCAUGGAGGAAGACGCUGAGGAGAUGCAGGUGGAGAGGCUGCACGAGGACGCCGAGAUUGGGGGCGCCGACACGGACAAGCUCAGCUACGAGAUUUUCUCCAUCCUCGAGAGCAAGUUCCUGUUCGGGUACACGGACCCGCACCAGCUGUGGCUGCCCAAGCCGCCGGCGCAGGCGUCGGCGGCGAUGGCCGUUACGGGGGGCAAGGCGGCGCAGCGGGGGAAGGUGUGCGUGCUGUGCGUGGAUGGCGGCGGCGGCGGGUUACGCGCGCUGCUCGCCGGCCGCGCGCUCGCGCACCUUGAGGCGGCGCUCCAGCGGGCGUCCGCGGACCCCAGCGCCCGCGUCGCGGACUACUUCGACCUCGCCGCCGGUACGGGGGCGGGCGGCGUCUUCGCCGCGAUGCUGUUCUCGACGCACUCGCGGGGCGCCCCGCUGUUCCGCGCCGAGGACACCUGGCGCCUGGUGGCCGACCACGCGCCCAGGCUCUUCCGGAGGCCCGCGAGCUCCAGCUCCUUCUUCUGCCGCGCCAGGAAGCGGCCCCUGGCCGCGCCGACGGCGGCGCUGCACGCGGCCAUGAAGGCGGCGUUCGGCGAGGAGCUCACCCUGCGGGACACAAUCAAGCCCGUGCUCAUCUCCUGCUACGACCUCAAGUCGUCGGCGCCGCUGCUCUUCUCCCGCGCCGACGCCCUGGAGAGCGAGAGCUACGACUUCCGCCUCUGCGAGGUGGGGCGCGCGGCCUGGUCGGAGCCCGGCCGCUUCGAGCCGGCCGAGGUGGCGUCCGUGGACGGCGCGACCUCCUGCGCCGCCGUGGACGGCGGGCCCACCACGGGCAGCCCGGCGGCCGCGGCCAUCACGCACGUGCUGCACAACAAGCACGAGUUCCCGUUCGUGCGCGGCGUCGAGGACCUCCUCGUGCUCUCCAUCGGCGGCUGCUCCGGCGGCGGUGGCUCUGGAGCCGCGGCCGACGCCGACGUCCUGCGCAUGCGCCGCUGGGGCGCCAAGGAGUGGGCGCGCCCCAUCGCCCGGAUCGCGGCCGACGGCGCCGCCGACCUCGUGGACCAUGCCGUCGCGCGCGCCUUCGGGCAAUGCCAUUCGUCCAACUACCUGCGCAUUCAGGCGAAACGGGAGAGCAUGCCGCCGUGCGGGCCGGACGGGGAGUACGAGCCGACGCCCGCGAACGUGCACGCGUUGCUGGCCGCGGCGGACGAGACGCUGAAGCAGCGGAACGUGGAGUCGGUGCUCUUCGAGGGGAGGCGGAUCGGGGAGCAGACCAACGCGGAGAAGCUGGACUGGUUCGCGGCCGAGCUCGUCGCCGAGCAUCGCAGCAGGGGAUCCCGGAUCGCGCCCACCGUCGCGUUCAAGCAGUCGCCGCGGAAGCCGCCGACGCUGGGCUGAGAGCCGGUGGCUGUGGUGGAGCAACAAAAGGACAUGUAGGCCUCCCUCGCUUCGUCCCUUGCUUUGGUUGGAAUUUCUGCUGCACUUUUUACGUGGCAGUUGUCAGCGAGGCAUGGCCACCGGAAACUCCAAGGGGAGAAAAAUAUAUGAAACGGACAUCUAUGAGAUACAUAUUCGAAGCUUCAUGUCUACUUUUUCAGUAGUAGAUAUGUAGCUACUACCUAUCUUGCAGAAUCAUGUUGUCCCUGCCAUUGUUCGACAUACCUCGAUGUAGGUGUUUGAAUUGUGGUAUGAUCUGCUGACUGAAAGACAGUGGACACAACAACGAUUGUACUGCUGCCUGCGCUUCUGCAUUGCAGGCCUUCGGCUCUCCGAAUAAAGAAAUAAAAUCUCCGUAGCGCUAUUUAUUUGCUGAA